AUGGCCAAGGCGACCCCUGACGCCCGUGCUUUCUGGGCACGACAAGGGACGCCCCUGGAAGUCUCGAUGGAGCCCCCCCUCGCUGGCAAGGUCUCGAGGCAGGCCACCAGGCACAUGAGCACCUACAUGGCGAGCCAGUUGAGGAAUGGGAAGCGCGAGAUCUCCGAGCGGACCCUCAACCCAGACGAGCUGGACAGAUUCAACAAGGCGAAGGCCACCGAAGUGAACAACUACAUCAGAUGCUCGGCCCUCGAGACCCUGCCUCCCGGAGCCACGCCGCCACCCGAGGAGGUCAUGCGUAUGAGGUGGGUCCUGGAGUGGAAGAUCGACGAGAGCACUGGCGACAAGAAGGCAAAAGCGAGGAUCGUGGUCUUGGGCUACAUGGACCCCGAGUGCGAGCAUCGCCCGACCACAGCUCCAAAGAUGACGCGUGCUUCCAGACACCUGCUGCUGCAGAUGAUGUCGUGGUUUGGCUUCAAAGGGUACAAGGCGGACAGGACUGGAGCUUUCACCGGGAACCGCGAGAUUCAGCACAACCUGCUUGCGAUGCCAGUGAAGGAGUUGGCCACGGCGCUUGGAUUGCCCGAGGGUGUCGCCAUGAGGGUCUGGAAGGCCGUGCACGGGCUCGUCGAGGCAGCCAUUGAAUGGUUUAUGACGGUGAGCGAGGCCCUUACGGAGUUCGGCUGGACCCACAUGAACAUGGACCCGUGCGUCUGGGUGCUAUACGGCGACGCGCACGGCCGGGACAACAGCUUCACCAAAGAGGCGCUGCAGGAGUUCAUUGACCCAGAGCUGCUCGACGAGCUGGUCGCAGCGAAAGGCGACCUUGACACCGUGGCGGUCGCCGGGUCGCACGUAGACGAUGUCUUGCUGGGCGGCAGGGAAUCUGAUCCGCGAUGGGCCAGGGCUGGAGAGCAGAUUCGAGGGCGUUUCACAUGGAAGACAUGGGAGACGGAGGAGUUCAUGCAGACCGGAGUGAGGAUCAAGCAGCAGCCCGACAGGAGCUUCCGCAUGGACCACAGGGAAUAUGUGAAGACCAUAGAGAAGGCCUUCCUAACUCCCGAGCGCAAGAAGAACAAGGAAGCAGAGACCACUGACCAGGAGAAGGGCCAGCUCAGGGCGACCCUGGGCGCCGUCGGCUGGCGCUCGGAGCAGACUGGCCCAAUGCAUUCCGCUUGCGCAAGCCUGCUGCUCAGCACCAUUCCCUCGUCCACGGUGCAGACAAUCAACGAGACGAACAAGCUGGUCGACCGAGCCCAGGUGCUGGUGCCGAUUGAGUGGUCCGACUCGUCCGAGUCGAACCGGCCCGACGGGAAGUCCACCAAGGGCCUGGUCGCAAGCAUGGCCCCUCUGAAGAUCCUCAAGGGUGACGAGACCGACGUGAGCCUGGUGUCUUGGAAGUCGGGGAAGAUCGACCUAGGAUGUCGCAGCUCCGUCGCCUGUGAGACUCGAUCCGCGGUGGAUGCGGAGGACGAGCUGUUCGGUAUCAAGUUGCAGUGGCUCGAGAUGCUAGGCAACACCAUCGACUGGCGCAACCCGGAGGACACACUUGCCAAGCUGCCAGGGGCCGUCGUGGUGGAUGCCAAGGGCCUGUACGACAAGCUCCACACCACAGUCUACACCUUCCGUGGUAAGGAGAAGGGGAUUGACGUCGAGGCGAUGACACUGAAGGAGGGGACCCAGGCCGCCAACAACUGGAUGCUCUGGGUCCACGGUGAUGCCCAGCUAGCAAACUCCCUGACCAAGGGGCACGAGCCAGGACAGCUAAGGAUGUACUUCAGCAGCGGCUAUCGCUGGAAGCUGGUCUACGACGCCAAGUACCAGAGUGUACGCAAACGGAAGGCAGCAGGGGUCCUUCCAUUCGAAAAUGUUCCACAGGAGGUCGUGAGGAGCUCAGAGUCAUCGAGGGAGCCAGCCUCUGGAGCAGAUAAUCAGGAGUUUCCGGAGUACGAGGCCAUCUCGAGCGAUGAGUCAGAUGAAGAUAACAUGCUCAGCUUGGAGGACCCUUAUCCGUGCAGAUCUGGUUCGGAGCAAGCCUGA